AUGGCGGUGGCUGCGUUGAUGGGCCCGGCGCGGGUGUCUGUGACCUUCAAGGAUGUGGCCGUGACUUUCACGCGGGAGGAGUGGGGGCAGCUGGACUUGGCCCAGAGGACCCUGUACCGGGAGGUGAUGCUGGAUACCUGCAGGCUCCUGGUCUCAUUGGGACAUGCAGUUCCCAAAUCAGACUUGACCCACCUACUGGAUCAUGGGCAGGAGCUGUGGAACAUGAAGAGGGGUCCCUCCCAAAGCACCCAUCUAGGUGACAGAGACAAAUUUCAGACCAGGGAGCCUGUCUUGUCUCAGGAAUAUUUUCUUCAAAGAACCUUGACUCAAGUAUCUCCAGAGGACUCCAACUUGGGGCAAGACAGGGACUGGGAAAUGCAGAAAGUUCACUUGAGACCAGGGAAAAUUCUCCACGAGGAGACCCAUCCUGGAAGAAUGAGCCUUGAACAUGAUGGUUGGUUGACAGAGGAGAGUUUGCACUUGAGGACAUUACAGGAGCAAGUCUCUCCAGGAGAUGCUCUCUACAAAUGUGACUCCUAUAGGCCAUGUGUGACCUAUGCAGGGAAGAACCCCUACGAAUGCAAGGAAUGUGGGAAAGGUUUUAACAGGAAGUGGAACCUUGUUCGUCAUCAGCAGGUUCAUACUGGAGUGAAGCCCUAUGAGUGUAACAAAUGUGGGAAAGUCUUCAGCCAGAGUUCCACACUCAUCCGGCACUACUUCAUCCACACUGGGGAGAAGCCACACAAGUGCAUGGAGUGUGGGAAGGCCUUCAAACGCAGGUCAUACCUCAUGCAGCACCAUCCCAUUCACACUGGAGAGAAGCCCUACGAGUGCAGUGAAUGUAGAAUGGCCUUGACCCACCGUUCCACUUUUGUCCGCCAUAAUAGAACCCACAAUGUUGAAAAGCCCUUUGAGUGCAAAGAGUGUGAGAAAACUUUCAGCAACCGAGAAUACCUGAUUCAGCACUAUGUCAUCCACACCAGAGAGAAACCCUAUGAUUGUGAGGAGUGUGGAAAGGGCUUCAGAUGUAGCUCUGAACUUGUGCAGCACCUCCGAAUCCACACUGGAGAGAAGCCCUAUGUUUGUUUCCAGUGUGGGAAGGCCUUUCAUCGGAGUGCCACCCUCAUCCAACACUCUGUCAUCCACACUGGGGAGACACCAUACAAGUGUGCUGAGUGUGGGAAAGCCUUCAGACGCCGGUCCCACCUCAUACAGCACCAUCAGACCCACACUUGA